GUCCUUCUGCUGGAAGGGAAGAAGCUGCUACAUUAUGCAUAAUAUAAUCAACAUGGAUGAUUCACGUAGGCUCCUGAUACUAUGAAGAUCACAUACAAUACACAUCACUGUGUUUGUCAGUAAAGGCGAAACAUAAGAAUAUCUGACAACUUCAGUUGCUGAACAAGACAAUGUCUGACAAGACCAAGAACCAAACCUCAGACCUUCCUAAUGCACAUGGAGGGCGUCUAGAGGAAAACCCGGGCACUGGGCUAAUAAAUGUGAAGGAAGAGGUUGAGACAUAUGACAUGAAUAGUCAUCAGACUGAAAUACGUUGGUCCCUCCCUGCCGACGCUGAUAUAUUGAAAGUUGUGAUAACAGAAGAUCUGUUUGCGUGGCGUCAGGUGGAAGCCCCGGAUGAGGAAACCAGUGACAGUAUCAGCCCAGAUGAAGAUAACGCUGAUAUAGUGAAAGUUGAGAUAACAGAAGAUCUGUAUACGUGUGAUCAGGUGAAGACUGAGGAAAAUAAAGUUACAGUAAAUACGGCUACAGGUUAUUCAAGUGUGAAACCUUCAUUUUUUACAACGAUUGAGCAGAUUGAUGAGCCAUAUGUGAACAGUUUUCCAUUUGCCAAAGGUAGAUUCAGAGAUUGUGAUCAUCCUAGUGAUGGCCAGAGUGCAGAUGUUUCUUUUAAUCGUUUACAAAAUGAAAGCAAUCAUGUGGAAAAUGUAUGUUUUACCCAGAAAACAAGUCUCAUUGCACAACAGACAAUUCAUACAGACAACAAAGGAUUUUCAUGUUCUGACUGUGGGAAAUCUUUUACUCAGAAAUCAUAUCUAAUUACUCAUCAGAAGAUUCAUACAGGAGAGAAAGCAUUUUCAUGUUCUGACUGUGGGAAAUGUUUUACACAGAAAUCAAAUCUUGUUACUCAUCAAAAAAUCCAUACAGGAGAGAAAGCAUUUUCCUGCCCUCAGUGUGGAAAAUGUUUUCCUCUGAAAUCACAUCUUAUUGUACAUCAGACAAUUCAUACGGGAGAGAAACCAUUUUCAUGCUCUGUGUGUGGGAAAUGUUUUACUCAAAAAUCAAAUGUUAUUACUCAUCAGAAAACUCAUACAGGACAAAAAAAAAUUGCAUGUUCAGAGUGUGGGAAAUGCUUUACUCGACGAUCACAUCUUAUUAGACAUCAUGCAAGUCAUACAGGAGAUAAGCCAUUUUCAUGUUUGGAAUGUAGGAAAUGUUUUAGUCGCAAAUCACAUCUUAUUACUCAUCAGAAAAUCCAUACAGGAGAGAAAGCAUUUUCAUGUACUGAAUGUGGGAAAUGUUUUAUUCAGAAAUCGCAUCUUAUAACUCAUCAGAAAAUUCAUUCAGGAGAGAAAGAAUUUUCAUGUUCUAAAUGUGAAAAAUGUUUUACUCGGAAAACUAAUCUUAUUAUUCAUCAGAAAAUUCAUACAGAAAAUUAAUAAAUUUGAUGUACAGAA